GAUGAGGUUAAAGAUAAUAAUAGAGAUAAUAAUGGAGAUGAUGAUGGAGAUGAUGAUGGGGAUGACGAUGAAGAUGAUGAUAGAGAUAAUGGUGGAGAUGAUAGUAAAGAAGAAGAUGAUGAUGAUAACGAUGAUGAUGGGGAUGAUAAAAAGAACAAUGGGGGUAUAGUGUGGAGAAAAUGGACAUUGAAUGUGAACAUUGUAGAACCACUUCAAGCACCAUCACCAGAAAUUUAUUAUUUGCUUACAGAAAAAGAUCCAAUAUCUAAAGUACUAUUUGUUGACAAAAUAAGAGCAUAUAAUCAAGUAUUUGCAUUUACAUUAAUUGCUACUAAUUUAGAUUUGGAUGUUGGCAAUGAAAAAAAGGGGGCCUAUUGCUAUAGAAUUCAGGGUGAUUAUUAUUAUCAAAUUAGCUCAGCUUUGCCAGAACAAGAGAAAAUACCAAAAUUUUCUUAA